CUGAAAACGUUAAUCAUCGUCCCAGACGUACACCAAGCAACAUCCGAACAGAGGACAUUAACAAAGUCCUAAAAUAUAAAGGCGUGCCUGGUACCCGAACAGCUGGUCGGGGUCGUGACGCUGACGUGCUUCUGGGAUACAAUCCCGCGUACAGAGGUGUCAUCGACAGGCGGCUUGCUCAUUCUAGCACCAGUGCUGCCUCUACAUCAACUGCUCCUCAGCCUAGGAGCACAAGAGCUAACGCAGGAGUAACUGUAGCUGGUCAAUUGGGUGAAAUCCCAAUCUCUGAAGGAAUCCCAUUACCACGAGUGAGAGUUCGAAGAUCCUCACAAAGUCAAGCCUCCUCUCUACCAUUACCCGAACAGCCAGCUCCGAUCUGUGUGACUAGCCAAUCCUCGUCUUCAGGUUAUUCUGCAUCUCCUCCUAUCUCAAGCAUUAUGACACGCCAGCCCCUAAAUCUCAGCUCCCUCGUCACCGUCUCUUCUCGGGGACGUGGGACUGGGCGGGUGGCCUCAAUUGGGGCCCCUCCCCCACGAUCUCGUCAUAAUAGGGGGGGUCCGCACGGUCAUCAUCUUCUCCUCGAGAAGUGGACGCUACUACAGAGGCUGCUGACCUCCAUAGAGACAAACGCCCAAGGGUAGAUAAUCAAGAUGGUACUACCACACAAGUAGAUACCGAAACUCAUCAUCCCAUCUCACCUACCACUCAAGUCCUCCCUCAGACGUGGACUCCUCCUUUCACUAGGGGGGACCGUCCCGUUCACGUCGGGGAUAGUGCUGGUUCAUCUGAAACCACACUUGCCUUAGCUCAAGGAUUGCUGCUCCCAGUAGAUAUGCAAAAAGAAAAUGCAUCUGCACCUGAUCGGCUCGUUUCUACUGGACUUGUCAGCGGUAUCAAGUUUAUUCAAAAGAUGGUUACUCUGGGUAAGAAGUACCAAGAAGCAGAUGCUGAGAGGGUGAGGCUGAUGAACGAUAACACCAGAUUGCUCCGAACAAUCGCCAGGUUGGAAAGAGAAAGAGACAAAGCCAAAUCUGAUUUCAACCAAACUAAAGAAAAACUUGAAGUUGCCGAAGAGAGCCUCAACCAGGCUUUAUCAGAGAUUGACAAUGCCAAGAAAGCUGCAUAUGAAGAAGGGUACCAGAAGGGAUUCGACACCACAACUGCUAACUAUGUUGAACAGAUUCCUGCUAUCCAAGAUCAGAUUUGGAUUGCUUGCUGGGAAACUUGUCUAACGAAGGUUGGCGUUGCAGAGGACUCUCCUCUCUGGACUGACAAUGAACUACCGAGCAGCCGUGCUGCAGCUUCCCAAGAGCAAGAAGUUCCUCUGGAAGAUGACUUUGAACAACAAAUUGAAGACUUUACUGGAAUGGAAGAAGAUAUUCCCUCUGGAUCUCAGGCUGUCCAGUCUCCUGUUCGGGAUUCAAAUCCUGAACCUAUUAACUUUGAGGAAAAUGUGACUGAAGGAGAUGUCACAACUGAAGAACCAGACAGGGCAAACUCAGAUGUCCAAAACCUGGACUAAACCUUUGGUAGGUCUGAAAAAAAAAACUUUCUUUAGAACAGUUGAGCUGGUCCUGCGUGACCGUAGCUUUCAAACCCUGCGUGGUACCAGUACUUUCUUUUGUUAAUACUCUGGAUAAUACAGGUAUUCGGCCCUUCGUGGCACUUGCUCGGC